AUGGCUACACCGGCCGAGACCGAUAUCAAGGUCAAGAGCAUCUCGCCAUAUGGCAAAGCUAGAUCAACCGUUCAGGGUGCCCCAUUGGCACCCGACGAGCUGAAAAAGAUAGAUGAUUACAUGAGAGCCUCCCUAUAUCUUUGCCUUGGCAUGAUACACUUGAAACAGAAUCCGCUUCUCAAAGAGCCUCUCAAGGUCGAGCAUCUGAAGGCAAGACUACUUGGUCACUGGGGGUCAGAUGCCGGACAGAUAUUUACCUAUAUCCACGUCAACCGAAUGAUUAAGAAAUACGACCUGGACGCCUUUUUCGUUUCUGGACCUGGUCAUGGCGCACCUGCAGUCCUUUCCCAGGCUUAUCUUGAAGGGACAUAUAGCGAGGUUUACCCCGAUAAGUCCGAAGAUGAAGACGGGAUGAAGAAGUUCUUCAAGCAAUUCUCAUUCCCAGGCGGUAUCGGAAGCCAUGCAACCCCAGAGACCCCAGGCAGCAUUCACGAGGGCGGAGAGCUUGGGUAUUCCAUCUCUCACUCUUUCGGCGCCGUCUUUGACCAUCCAAAUCUCAUAUCUAUCACCAUGGUUGGGGACGGAGAGUCCGAGACGGGUCCUCUUGCAACCAGCUGGCACAGCACGAAAUUUCUCAACCCAAUCACGGAUGGUGCAGUUCUCCCAAUCCUACAUCUGAAUGGAUAUAAAAUCAACAACCCAACAAUAUUGGCUCGCGUCAGUCACCGUGAGCUUGAAGCCCUCUUUAUUGGAUAUGGCUGGCAGCCAUACUUUGUUGAAGGAAGCGACCAUAAGACCAUGCAUCAAGCUAUGGCGGCCACGGUGGAGAAGUGUAUCACAGAAAUCCGCGGGUAUCAAAAGAAAGCGCGCGACUCAGGGAAGGCUUUCCGCCCCUUUUGGCCAAUGAUCGUCCUCCGCACUCCCAAGGGGUGGACUGCUCCUCGCGAAAUCGACGGCCAUUUCCUCGAGGGCUUCUGGCGUGCCCAUCAAAUCCCAAUUCCCGACAUUGCUAAGAACAAGGAGCACUUUGCAAUCUUUGAGAAGUGGAUGCGAAGCUAUGAGCCAGAGCGUCUCUUCCAAGACGGUAGGCUCAUCUCCGAGCUAAGGGAGCUUCCCCCGAAAGGCAACAGCCGUAUGAGCGCCAAUCCCGUCGCCAACGGCGGGAUAUUGCGAAAGCCAUUGCAUAUCCCAGACUUCCGCGACUAUGCAAUCGAAGUGGCCAGAAAUGGGCACGCGCUAGGCCCCUCAAUGGAAAAUAUGGCCCUUUUCCUCCGCGACAUCGUCGCCAAGAACAUGACUAACUUCCGCGUCUUUGGACCGGAUGAGACUCAGUCCAACAAGCUAGGUGGAAUCUAUUCGGCUGGCAAGAAGGUUUGGAUGGCUGAGACGUUUGAGGAAGAUGCCGACGAAGGAAACCUCGCAUUUGCAGGACGUGUGAUGGAGAUGCUCUCUGAGCACACUGUCGAGGGCUGGCUGGAGGGCUAUAUCCUAUCAGGGAGACACGGCCUUCUAAACUCCUAUGAGCCAUUUAUCCACAUCAUCGAUUCCAUGGUGAACCAGCACUGCAAGUGGAUUGAGAAGGCACUUGAAACUGAAUGGCGUGUUAAGAUCGCCUCGUUGAACAUUCUUCUCACCGCCACCGUCUGGCGCCAGGAUCACAAUGGCUUCACCCACCAAGAUCCAGGAUUUUUGGCCGUCGUAGCGCAAAAGUCUCCUGAAGUUGUGCGCAUCUACCUCCCUCCCGACGGCAACUGCUUGCUCUCGGUGAUGGACCACUGCUUCCAAUCUGAGAACUACGUCAACGUCAUCGUGGCCGACAAACAAGAGCACCUGCAGUUCCUGUCCAUGCCCGACGCAGUCAUCCACUGCACCAAAGGUAUCGGAAUCUGGAAAUGGGCCUCCAACGACAAAGACGCCGAUCCCGACGUCAUAAUGGCCGCCUGCGGCGAUAUUUCCACUCAAGAAGCCCUUGCAGCCGUCGCGCUCCUUCGCCAGCACCUCCCCGACCUCAAGGUCCGCUUCGUCAACGUCGUCGACCUCUUCAAACUCAUAUCCGCCGCGGACCACCCCCACGGUCUCACCGAUUCCGCCUACAGCGCGAUUUUCACGGCCGACAAGCCCAUCAUCUUCAACUUCCACAGCUACCCCUUCCUCAUCCACCGCCUGACGUACAAGCGCCCUGGCAGCACGAACAUGCACGUCCGUGGAUACCGCGAGAAGGGUAAUAUCGACACGCCGCUCGAGUUGGCGAUUAGGAACCAGACGGAUCGGUAUAGUCUUGCUAUGGACGCGCUGCAGCGGUUGGAGGGUCAGCUGCAUAAUAGGGGGGCAGCGACGAGGGAGGCGCUGCUGGAUGAGCAGAUCAGGAUGCGGAACUGGGCGUUUGAGCAUGGAACCGACCCGGAUGAAAUUACUAACUGGGUGUGGCCGCAUUAG